AUGGAGAAUCUCGUCUCAAGCCGCUGUAAAGUUGAAUCCUUGUCCGAGAAGUAUAUUUUCCCACCAGAAAUCCGACCAGGGAAGGUUGAUGUUGCUUUAUGUGAGUCCAUCCCAGUAAUAGAUCUUGAUGAAAAGGCAGGUCACGACCGAGCCACUAUUGCUCAGGAAAUUUUGAAGGCAAGCCAGGAUGUCGUCAAGGAAGUCUUCCAGAUGCCUGCAGAGGACCAGGCAAGCAUCUACUCUGAAGACCCAAAUAGAAGCUGCAGGCUUUUCACAGGUAGUUUUCAUUAUGCAAAGGAAGAUGUUCAUUGCUGGCGUGACUUUUUGAAACAUCCUUGUCAUCCUGAUCUAGAUCAAAACAUUCAACAAUGGCCCGAGAAGCCAGCCAGAUACAGACAGGUUGUGGGGACUUAUUCGACUGAAGUAAAGAAAUUAGCUUCAAAGAUACUAGAGCUGAUCUGUGAUGGUUUAGGAUUAGAAUCUGGGUAUUUUGAGGGUGAACUAAGUGAAACUUCAGCGUUGGUAGUAAAUCAGUACCCUCCAUGCCCAGAUCCAAGUUUAACCCUGGGAGUGCGCAAACAUUGCGAUCCUAAUCUCAUAACAAUUUUACUCCAAGGUGAUGUGUGUGGGCUUCAAGUCUUCAAGGACGGUGAAUGGAUUGGUGUUGGACCUGUUCCUCAUGCAUUUGUGAUUAACAUAGGUUCCCAGUUACAGAUUAUCAGUAACAACAAGCUAAAAAGUGCCGAACAUCGAGCUGUGACAAAUUCAAGGGAUGCUAGGACAAGUACCGCCUUCUUUGUCGGUGCUCGUCGUGACAGCGCUAUUGAACCUGCCAAAGCUCUUAUUAAUGCAGAAAAUCCUCCAGUCUAUAGAGCUUUUGAGUUUACAGAGUUUUUGUCCAACUACCUGAGUAAUACAGGUGACACUGAAGUUGUGUUGGAGGCUUUCAAGUUGCAAGAAUAA